AUGAAAGACAGUCUGUGCAAAUCUGAAAUUUACAAAGUUAUUCUGGGUAGGUUUGCAAUUCAGUGACCACUAUCUACAUUUGUAGAGGUUUUUGCAGGGUGGAACAAAACCUCCGCUGCCACUUUAUCCGACCUGGAGACCGCCUUCACAAAAAGACUGAAACGGUCCCUGGAUAAUUGUGUUCAACGGCAGAAUAAAGAAAUACGAAACAAUAGCUGGACUGGUGAUUAUAUUUCAUCUUUUCAUAAUCUUCUUUCCCUCUAGAGAACAAUCAGGCUUGUUCCACGAGUGGCGUUACGUCAGUGACAACAGAUAACACUAUGUAUUAA